AUUGUGUUUUUUCUUAUAUGAAUACUCAGAUAUUGUCAUAUUGAAUGAAUGUUGCACUUUGAGAGAUAAUGAAAGUUUUAGUAUCUAAUUAAUACUUGAUUAUUGAAAGAACAUAUAAUUGUUAUAUUAUUAUUUAUUAAAAAAAAACAUAUGUCCAAACUCCGAAGUCCAUGUUUAGGGCUAAAUUACACGUUUGGUCACUCAAAUUACAUAAAUUUUUUAUGUUUGCCACUCGAAUUACUUUUCUUUCUAAUUCGCCACUAACUUUACAAAUCGUUUCACCGUUAGUCACCGGCCGUUAGUCUCCGUCAGACUCAGUUAACUCCGUCAGUUUUUGUUGUUGUCGAUUGAGGGAAGGGAAUGAGUCGCCAAUCGCCUUCCUCCGGUGUGAGUGCUAUAGGUUGAUGGAGGGAGGGUCGCCGAUGUUCAAGGAAAAGGCUUUUGGGGAGAAGAGGAUGGAGCAAGACGACGUCGUUAGGGAGGUCGGUGGAGACUUGGGCGAAGUCGAGAGAGAUCCCGGCGACGGUGAGGGGAACAUAGUCGCUGUCGGAGUAGUGGAUAUAGGGGCGACUAAGAAUAAGGUCGACGUCGUGGAGAUUGGGAUGCGGCUUCAUAAAUCCAUCGGCGGGAGAGAGUUUGUGUCUUUACAGCUUAUAGGUUCAUUGACAAUUGUCUUUUACUUUCUGGGUUCUUAGGGUUCGUGUUUGGGGAUUUUGAUUAUAAUGAAUUUCGGCUUCUUAUGCUUCAAUUAAUUGUUGUAUGUGUUGUGCUUUAAUUCUUCUCAAUUUGAGGGUUUGUGUUUUCCAGUUCAAGGCUGGGGGUGGGGAAAGCGGAGAAGACGAUGGGUAGGUGGAGCCACUCCUAUUUUUAUUUUUUAUUUUUUAAAUUGACAUGUCAUUAAAUUAAUAGUCCAGUUAGCUUUAUGGUUGCCACGUCAUCACAAAACUGACGGAAUUAACGGAAUUUAACGGAGACUAACGGUCGGUGACUAAUGUUGAAACGAUUAGUAAAGUUAGUGGCGAAUAAAAAAGAAAACUAAUUCGGAUGGCAAACAUGAAACAUUUAUGUAAUUUGAGUGAACAAAACGUGUAAUUUAGCCCAUGUUUAGUUUUGUCCAAAACGAUUCUUGACUUCUUGGGCGACUCACAAAGACUGGCAGUCUGCUUUGGAUUCAACGCACUAAAAAAAUUCACUCCCAGAUGACUGGAUUAGUAUUCUUGAUCUAAUUUCCGAUUUCCUUUAGCCUUGUAACCGCCGGUUUUGGUUUCACCAGAGUGGAAUAAAGUUCAUCUUUGGUA